AUGGAUCAACAUCAUGAGCGAAAAGAUACUGUUGGCCUUGAAGUAGGAACGGGUUUGAAAGAGUAUGGAGAUGGUGUUGGGUUCGGCACUGGAGCACCGGUAGUCGCCGUGAUUGAACCACUAUUUCGGCCUAUUUCUUGGAAGAGUCCUAUCCGAGGUGCCAAGAUGAACCCAUAUCUGAGCUAG